AUGGGGAUCGUGUCUGUUGAGCUCCCCCCUGGAGCCCGUAAGUUUGGGGUUCAGUUCCGCUGGUGGCAGCCGUACCACUCGGGGCGGGGGCUGGACGUGUGGGCGCUGGACGAGAUCACCAUGACCUCCGUCCUGUUCAACACCAUCAGCCUGGACUUCAGCAACGUUCUGGACGUCACCCAGAGUCUGGGCUUCUACUUGGGCCACGUGCAGCCCUACUGCCAGCACGACUGGACCCUCAGCUUCUCUGGGGAGCCCAGCCCAGGAUCUAGCCUGCGCUACGUGGAGACCCAGUCCAUGCAGAUCGGAGCGUCCUACAGCCUCCAGUUCUCAUUGGUCAUGGGCUGCGGACGAGAGCCCUCCCCCAACAUUGACACGCAGGUUCGGCUGGAGUUCUCCACCAAUCACGGGCUCACCUGGCAUCUGGUCAAGGAGGCCUGUCUGCCCGGCAUGCCAAGCUGCUCUGAGUUCACCGCGCCGAGCGUCUUCCACCCGUCUGAGUUCAGAGACUGGAGACGCAUCACCCUGCCUCUGCCCCACAAGACAUGGUCCAGUGCCACCAGAUUCCGGUGGAUCCAGAACUACUAUGGCGAGCAGGAUGAGUGGGCUCUGGAUGACAUCUACAUAGGACAGCAGUGUCCCCACAUGUGUCACGGACACGGCUGGUGUGACCACGGACACUGCAGGUGUGACGAGGGUUUCUCUGGAACAGACUGCCUGCCCUCCUCCCCUCUGUCCUCCAGCGUCCUGUCGGACUUUGAGUCCCAGGAUGCACUGCUGGCCGCAUGGCAGGAAGUGAUAGGUGGAGAGGUGGUGACCCCUGACAUGGGCUGUGGGGUGGUCUCAUCCGGGUCCUCUCUGUACUUCAGCAAGGCUGGACUGAGACAGCUCGUGAGCUGGGACCUGGACACAGAGUGGGCGGAGUUUGUGCAGUUCUACCUGCGAGUGGGUGGGGACUGGGCGGAGUGUAACCAUGCCGACAGCAGGGAGGAGGGCGUGCUGCUCCAGUACAGCAACGACGGCGGCAUCAGCUGGGGCCUCAUCGCCGAGAUGUACUUCACUGAUUUCACGAAGCCCCGGUUUGUCCACUACGAGCUCCCGCUGGCCUCCAAGACUCCGUCCACACGCUUCCGCUGGUGGCAGCCCCUCCACUCGGGCGAGGGCUACGACCAGUGGGCCAUCGACGACGUCAUCAUCCUGUCAGAGCGGGAGAAGCACAUCAUCCCCAUGGCUAACCCCACCCUCCCCCAGAACUUCUACGAGAAGCCGGCGUUCGACUACCCCCUGAACCAGAUGAGCGUGUGGCUCAUGCUGGGGAACGAGGGCAUGGACCGCGAGAGCAACAACAGCUUCUGCGCCCCCACGCCCUCCGCCAUGGUGUUCGGACGCUCCGACGGGGACCGGGUGGCGGUGACCAGAGACCUGGCGCUCCGCACCGGCUACACCCUGCAGUUCAAGCUCAACAUCGGCUGCGAGGCCCAGUUCAGCGGGGCAGCCCCGGUCAUGCUGCAGUUCUCCCAUGACGCGGGCCGCUCCUGGGCCCUGGUGCGGGAGGGCUGCUACCCCGGGUCCCCGGGCCGGGGGGGCUGCGAGGGCAGCGGGCGGGAGCUCAGGGGCCCCACCCUCUACCACACCGGAGACUAUGAGCAGUGGACCAGGGUCACCGUGGUGAUACCGCGCAGCGUGGCCGCCAGUAAGACGCGGUUCCGCUGGUACCAGGAGAGCAGCGUGUACCGCGACGCCCCGGCCUUCGCCCUGGACGGGGUGUACAUCUCAGAGCCCUGCCCCAACCACUGUGGAGGACAUGGAGACUGCAUCUCUGGAGUCUGCUUCUGUGACAUGGGCUACACAGUGGAGCAGGACAGCUGCGUGCCGGCGACGGCCACUCCCACAGAGCUGACGGAGGGCUUCGAUGGCAAGCUGAGCCCGCUGUGGCAGAGCCUGAGCGGGGUGGGGGUCAGCGGGGUCAGCGGGGUCGGGGGCUGCGGCACCAUCAGCGAGGGCAAGGCCCUCUACUUCAGCAGCCCAGGGAGCAGGGAGGCCCGCACCGUCCCCCUCGACACCACCAACACCAGGCUGGUCCAGUUCUACAUCCGCAUCGGCAGCAAGAGCCUGGGUCCCACCUGCGCCCGGCCUCGCUCCCGGAACGAAGGGGUGCUGGUCCAGUUCUCCACCAAUAACGGCGUGCAGUGGCAGUUCCUGAGGGAGCUGGACUUUGGCUCCUUCCUGGAGCCUCAGGUUGUCACCAUCGAGCUGCCGCCCCACGUCAAGACCCCCUACACCGUGUUCCGCUGGUGGCAGCCGCAGCAGGGUAAACACUCGGCCCAGUGGGCCCUGGACGACGUACUGAUCGGCAUGAACGACAGCUCCAGGACGGGCUUCCAUGACAAGUUUGACGGCAGCUCCCCUCUCAGACACAACUGGUACCGCGUGCAGGGGGGCGAGGUGACCGUGGACUGCCUGUCCCUGGACACGGCCCUGACCUUCAACUCUGAGGCCAUCGACAAGAAGCCCCGCUACGCAGAGAGCUGGGACUUCGAGGUGUCCGGCUCGUCCUUCCUGCAGUUUGACCUGAGCAUGGGGUGCAGCAAGGCCCUGCAGUCGGCCACGCUGGCCCACGGCGUGCGUCUGGAGUUCUCCAGCGACUGCGGGCGCCGCUGGACGCUGCUCACGCCUGAGUGUGUGCCGCCCGCCGUCGGCUGUGCCGGCUACACGCAGAACUCCAUCUACAUGUCCACCCAGUACAAGACCUGGAGGAGGGUCACCGUCUACCUGCCCAGCGCUGCCAAUUCUCCCAGAACCAGGUUCCGCUGGAUCCAGACCCACUUCACCCCCGGAGCAGAGGGCUGGGCUCUGGACAACGUGCUGCUGGCACCUGGGUGUCCCUGGAUGUGCUCUGGACACGGGCUCUGUGACAACGGACACUGUGUGUGUGACCGUGGUUACGGAGGGGCGCACUGCGUGCCCCUGGAGCCCCUGCCCUCCAUCCUGAGAGACGACUUCAACGAGAACCUGCGUGCGGAGCAGUGGCCCGAGGUGUACGGGGCGGAGCGGGGCACCCUGAGCGGGGAGCCCCUGAAGUCUGGCACCGCCCUCAUCUUCAAAGGGGAUGGUCUGCGUUUACUGGUCUCUAGAGAUCUGGACUGCACCAGCACUCUCUACAUCCAGUUCUCCUUCAAGUUCAUCACUAAGGGCGUCCCAGAGCGCUCCCACUCGGUUCUCCUCCAGUACUCUGUGAACGGGGGCAUCAGCUGGCUGCUGCUGGAUGAGUUCUACUUCCCCACGUCCACCGACACCCUGUUCCUCCACCUGGCGCUGCCCGCCAGCGCCCAGACCAACGCCACCCGCUUCCGCCUCUGGCAGCCCUACAACAGCGGUAAGAAGGAGGAGGUCUGGGUGAUCGAUGACCUCAUCAUCGACGGCAGCUCCCUCCACAACCCUCCGGUGGUGUCGGACAGUUUCGAAGGAGGCCCGCAGGAGGGGAACUGGCUCUUCUACCCUGGAGGGAACACAGGCCUCUACUGCCCCUACCAGAAGAGUGGCCUGGAGGAGGACGAGUCUGCCAUGGUGUUUGUCUCCAGCGAGCCGGGGGAACAUUCCAUCACCACCAGGGACAUUGACGUCAACGAGAACACCAUCAUCCAGUUUGAGAUCAACGUGGGCUGCACGGCGGACAGCUCCUCCGCCAACCCGGUGAGGCUGGAGUUCUCGCGAGACUUCGGGGCCACCUGGCACCUCCUGGUCCCACUGUGCUCGGGCGGGCCCCAGCCCUCGUCCCUCUGCUCCACAGAGCUCCACCCUGCCAGUGUACUACCCCGGCACCACCCAGGGCUGGAGGAGAGAGGUCGUCCACUUUGGAAAGCUGCGGCUCUGCGGGUCCGUGAGGUUCCGCUGGUACCAGGGUUUCUACUCCAGUGGCUCCUCCCCCCCUACCUGGGCCCUGGACAACGUUUACAUCGGCCCUCAGUGCCAGGACAUGUGCAACGGGCACGGGGCGUGUGGGGGGCACCCACUGUGUGUGUGACCCGGGCUACAGGCCCAGACUGCUCCCUGCCAGACAUCCCCAACCCAGACUUCCUCAAGGAGGACUUCGAAGGAGGAGCAGUGGACGGAGAGCGCUUCAAGCUGCUGAGCGGAGGGAAACCAUCCAGGAAGUGUGGCAUCAUGUCCAGUGGAAACCACCUGUUCUUCAGCGAGGACGGCCUACGCAUGCUGGUCACCAGCGACAUGGACCUGUCCAACGCCAGGUUCGUCCAGUUCUUCCUGCGUCUGGGCUGUGGGAAGGCGUCUCCAGACCCUCGCUCCCAGCCCGUGCUCCUCCAGUUCUCCGUGGACGGCGGACUGACCUGGGGCCUGCUGCAGGACUUCCUGUUCAGCAACAGCAGCAACCAGGCCCGUCUGGUUGCCCUGGAGAUCCCCCUGAGGGCGCGCACAAGCUCCACGCGCCUGCGCUGGUGGCAGCCCUCGGAGAACGGUCACUUCUACAGCCCCUGGGUCAUCGACCAGGUGGUGGUGGGGGGCAGUGCCAGUGGCUGGGGGCCUCUGGAGGACGACUUCUCCUCCAUGGACGGCCGUUCCUGGCUGCUCCACCCCGGGGGCACACGCAUGCCUGUGUGCGGCUCCGACGGCCCCGCCUUUGCCUUCAUCGAGAAGUCCAACACGCGCUACGCCGUCACCACCGACAUCAGCCUGGGCCAGGACGCCUUCAUCCAGUUCGACUUCUCAGCCUCCUGCUCCGUCACCAACUCCUGCUACUCCAUAGAGCUGGAGUACUCUCUGGAUCUGGGUCUGACUUGGCAGCCGGUGGUGAGAGACUGCCUGCCCACCAGUCCAGACUGCUCCUCCUACACCCUGCAGAAGCUGCUGGUGGCUGACACCUUCAACAAGUGGGGGCGGGUCACCCUGCCCAUCCCCAGUUACGCCAGGUCCCCGGCCACCAGGUUCCGCUGGUUCCAGAAGGCUCCGUUUGACAAGCAGCAGACCUGGGCUCUGGACAACCUCUACAUCGGGGACGGCUGCCCCGACAUGUGCUCUGGACACGGACGCUGCCAGCAGAGCACCUGCGUGUGUGACCCGGAGUGGGGCGGGGAGUACUGUGACGAGCCUGUGGUGCCCCUGCCCUCCCAGCUGAAGGACAGCUUCAGCAGGUCCCCCUCCCUCAGCCACUGGCACCUGGUGACCGGGGCCAAGCUGAGCACUGUGUGUGGGGCUGUGGCCUCGGGGGCGGCGCUGCACUUCAGCGGGAGCUGCAGCCGGCAACUGGUGACUGUGGACCUGAACCUGACCAACGCCGAGUUCGUCCAGUUCUACUUCAUGUACGGCUGCAUGAUCCCCCCUAGCAACCGUAACCAGGGCGUGCUACUGGAGUUCAGUCUGAACGGAGGGAUCAACUGGAUCCUGCUGACGGAGAUCUUCUACGACCUCUACACCAAGCCAGGGUUUGUCAACGUGCUGCUGCCCCCUGCUGCCCGUCAGGAGGGGGUGCGCGUGCGCUGGUGGCAGCCCCAGCACGAGGGGGCGGACCACAGCGACUGGGCCCUGGACAACGUGCUGAUCGCCGGCUCUGACCCGCGGGCGCAGAUCUCCGACACCUUCGGAGGGGUGGCGCUGCCCAACCACGAGAGAGCGCCCGCUGACGGGACCACCACGGGCAGAACAGGGCUCGUCAGCGAGCUGGAGGACUCCCCCAUAGUGAGUGACCACUGGUUGUUCUCCGAGGACUGUUCGGUCCAGCGGUUCUGCAGCUCUCCGGACGGCGUGAUGGUGUGCGGCAGCGUGGACGGCCGGGAGGUGUACGCGGUCACACACGACAUCGUGCCGGACCGCGGCUGGGUCAUGCAGUUCAAGAUAGCGGUGGGCUGCAGCGCUCCAGAGCACCAUGCGGAUCACCAGGUGCACGUCCAGUACUCGGUGGACUUUGGAGUGACCUGGAAGUACUUGGUGCCCCAGUGCCUGCCCGCCGACCCCCGCUGCGGGGGCCAGGUGUCCCAGCCCUCGGUCUUCUUCCCUGCCGGAGGCUGGAAGAGGGCCGUGUACCCCCUGCCCGACAGCCUGGCAGACACGGCGGUGAGGUUCCGCUUCUACCAGCAGCACUCGGACAUCCAGUGGGCAGUGGAGAACUUGUACAUCGGGCCGGCGUGUGCCGGACAGUGUGGAGGGCAUGGGGACUGUCUGGACCAGCGCUGCCUCUGUGACCCUGGCUUCACCGGACCCAACUGCUACGCCAGCACAGCCCUCAAGGCCUCUCUGAAGGAGCGUUUCGACUGGGAGGGGGCGGCAGGCCCCCAGUGGCAGGUCCUGGAAGGGGGGCGUCCCUGCACAGACUGCGGGGUGCUGGUAGAGGGGACAGCGCUGUACUUCGGGGGAGCGGACGGCAGGCAGGCCGUCACCGUGGACCUGGACCUCCGGGGAGCCAAGUUUGUGGAGUACUGGGCCAGGAUAGGCAGUGAGGAUAACAUGACCAUGUGCCAUCGUCCGACCUGUCGGAAAGAGGGCGUGCUGCUCGACUACUCCACUGACGGAGGGGUGUCCUGGAUGCUGCUCCACGAGAUGGACUAUCUGAAGUACGUGUCUGUGAGGAGAGACUACAUUGUGCUGCCAGAGGGGGCGCUGUCCAACGCCACGCGCCUGCGCUGGUGGCAACCCUUCACCAUGUCCUCAGGCCUGGCCUCCCCGAGUCUGGAGCGCGCUCAGUGGGCCAUCGACAACAUCCUGGUGGGCGGGUCGGACAUCAACCCUUCCACCCUUCUGGACACCUUCGAUGAUGAGGGUGUGUCUCACGAGGAGAGCUGGAGUUUCUACCCCAACGCUGUGAGGACCGCAGGGUUCUGUGGGAACCCUUCUUUCCACCUGUACUGGCCAAACAAGAACCAGGACAAGACCCACAACAUCCUGGCCACGCGCGAGCUCAUCGUGCAGCCUGGCUACAUCCUACAGUUCAAGAUUGUGGUGGGCUGUGAGGCAGACACCUGCGAUGACCAUCAUUCUGUCCUGCUGCAGUACAGGAAGGAUGCCAGGUCUGACUCGUGGCAGUUGGUACAGUCCGAGUGCCUCCCGACCUCCGUCAACAACGUGGGCUGCUCCCCCUUCCAGUUCCAUGAGUCGACCAUCUACAGCCCGGUGAACAGCUCCAGCUGGACCCGAGUCACCGUGCAGCUUCCCGACCACGUGUCCUCUGGAGCCACGCAGUUCCGCUGGAUCCAGAAGGAGGGCAGCGGUGAGCGGCACAGCUGGGGCGUGGACCACGUGUACAUCGGGGAGGCGUGUCCUGGCCUGUGCAGCGGCCACGGUUACUGCACCAGCGGAGCGGUCUGCAUCUGUGACGAGGGCCACCAAGGGGACGACUGCUCCAUGUCCAACAGCGACUUGCCCAGCUUCGUGAAGGACAACUUUGAGUCUGGCAGCGUGUCUGAGGAGAGCUGGCGUCUGGUCCAGGGAGGCGGCGUGGGCAGCGGCUGCGGUCAGCUGUCGCCCCACGCGCACGGAGACUCGCUGUACUUCAACGGCUGCAAGAUGAGGCAGGCUGUCACCAAGCCUCUGGAUCUCACCAGAGCCAGCAAGAUCAUGUUUGUGCUGCAGAUCGGGAGUGUGUCUCAGACAGACAGCUGUAACGUAGCUCUGGACCAGGCCAACACCCUGGACCGCGCCGUGCUGCUCCAGUACAGCGUCAACAACGGGGUCAGCUGGCAUGUGAUCGCCCAGCACCAGCCCAAAGACUUCAUCAAGGCCCAGAGAGUCUCCUACAACAUCCCGCUCGAGGCGAGGGUCAAAGGGGUGGAGCUACGAUGGUGGCAGCCUCGUCACGACGGGGCGGGGCACGACCAGUGGGCGCUCGACCACGUGGAAGUAGUUCUCACCCGUAAACAAAACUACAUGAUGAACUUUGCCAGACAGACCGGCCUGCGCCACUACUACAGCAGGAAGAGGCGGGCACUGCGACAGCGUGCCUAACCGUUCGCCAUUCGAUCUGCCAAUCGACCCACCGCCACAUCCUGUCCCGCCCCCUGAUGACAUGCCUCUCAAGUCCCGCCGACCAGCCGAUUAUUCCAGUCAGCCUUAGACCCUUCCCAAGCCCCACCCCCUAUUCCUCUGCCAGAAAACACGGGCCGCCCAGUCAGUAUACCCUGCAGCCAAUCAAGGCCUUCCCAACCCCGUGGGUGACAGGAAGGAAGAAGACAACGAGCAACGUGGCGGCCAUUUUGUUUACUUUCCACGAACAUGUUCUGGGUUUUCUUAAUUGUUUUCUAAUUGUUGCUGUGCUUCUGAUGAUCCCUGUUCCAGUUGCAAGCCCCCCCCCCCCUGGCUAUUCCCUGGUCACCCCCCUCCCCUAAAUCCCACCACCACCACCACCACACUAUUCCUACCACACUGUGAAGUUCAGAGAAAUCACUGCUGACCCCGUCAAGACCCCGCUGGGCCGCCCAGGGAGGACCUCCCUGACCCCACCAGUACCCUAAGAGGAAGACGAGGAUGACGAGGAGGAUGAGGAUGAUGAUGAAGAUGCUAAAAGAGUACUGUGUUCUUGCUGUUCUGUGUGUCUGUGGGUUCUUUUUGUGAUGAGUUGACUGUGCUGUUCCGUUCGUUGGUUUUAUACUAAUUCAUAUGGUUUUCUGGGUCGGGUUUACUUUUCUCAUUAAUCCGGGAUGGAUACGGGUGAAAACCCUCUGCAACAAGAAGGAAGAAAGGAACAAAGGAUCCGAAGGAAGGAAGGAAAAAAUAGAAAAAAAGAAGAAAAAAUCUAAAGACUGAACAAUGAUUUUUUUUAAUUUUUUUUAUUAUUUUUAUAUAUGUUGGUUCCCGAAAUACAGAUAUUUAUGGUAAAUGGUUCUCCACGUAACCUAUUUAAGAUGCACUGUGCGUGAAAUCUGUAUGUUAUUUUCUAGUGUUAAGUUAUUAGGCAGUCGAGUCAGGCUCUGUGACUGCACCAUCCCCCCCUCUCUCUCUCCUCCCUCCCCCUUCUCUCGUGCUGUUACCCCCCUAACCUCUCUACUCUUCUCUCUCUCUCCCUGCUGAUUUCUGAUACCUGGAGAUUAGGCUCUAUCAGUGUUGUUUUUUGAAGUCUGUGUAAUAUGGACCCUCUCCCCUCAGUGUAACUUCAGUAUAGCAAUCUCCUGUAUAUAUAUGUAUAUCCACUAUGGGGAGACCCAGCAGCCUUAUUAAAGGGAAAUAAACAACUGUCCAAAUCUC